AGAAAGCAGACUGAAAAAGGAGAGAAAGUGCAGACACAACACACACACAGAUUCUCAGAUGAACAACACACACCAGCGGAGCUCUUACUUCAGCACAAUCCCACACUGAGGAUCAUGGGAAUGUUCAGAAGUGAUCGCCGAAGGAUUAUUCAAUCAGUUGCUUCACCUUCAUUUGCUGCAGACUCUUGUCGGAUCGCUCUCAGAACUUUUCUGAAAACUAAAAUUUGUCUUUUAUCCUCCUUUCAAGAAUCUAAAGAAAGAAUCCUUGGAUGCAAGAACUCCCAGUAAAGCAACCUGUAAGUGCUAAAGACCUGCUUUUAAUAUCCAGUAAUGAGUAACGCAGCUAAUAGCAGCUCCACGGCUGGAGUUGCAGGAGUAGUUUGGGUCACUCCACUUCUUGGCGCAACCCUCGUCACCAUGUGUGUUUUGGGAUUGACUGGCAACCUCUACACCCUCGCCAUCAUGCGUUCAGCAACAUUACGGCGCGCCGGAUCAAUGUACGUCUUCAUCCUCAACCUCGCCACUGCAGACCUGCUCUAUCUCGGCACCAUCCCAUUCGUCGUCUGCACCUACUUUGCGCACGAUUGGUUUUUCGGGGAGAUGGGCUGCAGGGUGCUGUUGAGUUUGGAUUUGCUCACGAUGCAUGCAAGCGUGUUUGUUUUGGUUGCGAUGAGUAUGGAGCGCUACCGUGCAGUCGCCGCACCUUUUCGAGCACGUCUUUCGACCGCUCGUGGACACUGGAUGAUGGCGUUGGGAAUUUGGAUUGCUGCCUUCAUCUUGACUCUUCCCAUGAUGGUCAUGAUUCGUCUUCGAGAGGGACGUCCUGCAACUGUUGGACUCGUAAAGCGGAUUUGUUUCCCAACGUGGACUCCUGAAGCGUUUAAAGCGUAUCUGACUGCACUCUUCUUCACUAGCAUGCUUUUACCUGGUCUUCUCAUGGUUGGUCUUUACGCUGGUUUGGCUAGACAUUACUGGGCCGCCCAAUCCAACCUCGCCCGAGGAUCCUCAUCAUCUUUUCGAAGGCGUAGAUUGAAGCAUAAAGUCGUAGGAAUGAUCUUCUGCAUCGUGGUCGCGUACUGGGCUUGUUUUCUGCCGUUUUGGGGUUGGCAGAUGGCGAAGCUUUUCUCAUCGGAGUCUUUGCGCUCGCUGUCGCCCGCUGCUCAUACUUAUGUUAACUUUUUUGUCACCUGUUUGACGUAUGGGAAUAGUUGCGUGAACCCGUUGCUUUAUACACUUCUAACACGCAACUAUCGAGACUAUUUAGCCCAGAGAGGGCAAUCCUCUGGGUCGAGUCGAGUGGAUCAGGGGUCAGCCGCUGCGGUCAACAUGAUCCACGAUCAAAUUGGAUGAGUUAUGGAGUUUAUGUUGCUCUACUAGUGCCUGCAUUUCAGUCUCUCCAGGAGUCUUUAUAUUAAAAUGAGCUCAACAUUGGCUCAUUGUGCCCUGGUGUACAUUUCUGAGAACUGAGAAAUAUCAGCAGAAUAUAUGGCUGCAUUAUAUGUGUAAAUUGAAUGCUAUGGGGUGAAACUGACUGCGUACCUCUGUUGGCACUGGAAAAAAUGCUUCUUGAUUUAAGAAUUUUGAGAUAUUUGGACUAGAAACAAAACAAAAACUCUUUUUUGGAGUGUUUCAACAAGAUCAAAGGUAAUUAUGCUCAAAAUGAUUCAGACCUUGCCUACACAUGUACACUGUAAAACCCAAAAAGUUAAGAUAAAUCAAACCAUUAACCAUGCAACAAACCCUUAAGGUUCAAAAACUAAUCCUAAUGAGUACCGUGAACUUAAUCAAUUUAAGUAAAUCAAGCAAUUUAAGCACUGUAAAGCUUAAUAAAUAAAGCAAACUCAAACCAAAUGAGUACUGUAAACCCCCAA